UUGCUAACAAACUUAGACUUCAAAGUGAAACUUUUGGCAAUAAUUUUUGUCUAAAUAAACAAAAUUGGGAAAUAAUGACUACAACAAACACUGUCAAUGUCCCGAGAUGCAAACCGAGCAGAACCAACGAUCCUUUGUAUUGGAAUCAAUUUAGUGAAUCAAAUGUGAUUAAGGCCGGAAGCACAAGAAUUGAUUAUAUCGACUUCAGUCCUCGCUAUAGCUUCCAAGAACCACAUAAUUUUGCUGUUAGCUCAGAUUAUAUAAAAAUCUACAAUCCGAAAGCCUUGGACUCGAGCUCAUUUCUAUGUGAAUCAAUAAGGAAUGCUUAUGGUGGAACGUUUGAUAAGGUUGGACGGUACUUUACGUGCGGUGACCAGGAAGGACACGUUAGAUUAUGUAAAUGGUCGUCAGAACGAGUCGAAUGGUCCAUGUGCAACCUAGAAAAAAAACAUACGGCCGCUGUACACCGGACGUUCUUCACCGUUAAUCAAUCACACAUUGCCAGCUUUUCAGACGACAGAACUGUUCGCCUUUGGGAUCUGUCUAAUGGAAAUUGUGUAAACACAUUCGAGCAGGCUCACACUGACAAUAUUCGAGCUGGUUGUGUUAGUCCUGUCUGGCCAAAUAAUUUACUAUCAGGAGGAUAUGACGGCACAGCUAAAAUGUGGGACAUUAGAACCAACUCAAUCGUUUUUGAGGUUGAUCAUGGCUUUCCCAUUGAAUCGGUUAUGUUUCUACCAACUAGUGGACUUUUUGCUAGUUGCGGUGGGCCACGCGUUACAAUAUGGGAUGUAUUUGCUGGUGGUAAAUUAUUGACGACGCUACCCGAUCGUGUUAGAAACAUAACGUGUCUACAAAUGGCCUGCAAUGGAAGUAGACUAUUAUCUGGUGGAUGGGAUCAAGAAGUGCACAUCUUUGAUAUGACAACCUUCAGAAUCGUUCACAGUUUACAUUUUCUACAUAAAAUUUGUAGUGUGGCUGUUACGCCUGAUGAAGAAAUGCUUGCGUUUGGCAUGUCUGAUGGAAAUAUUGUCUUUUUACACAAGGAUUUUGAUAGAAAAAUUGAAAUGCCUCAAAAAACGGCAAUUCCGAAAUUUAUUUUGAAACCCGACCAGACACUCCAGCAUUACAGAAAAAUACCCGAACCUGAACUCCAGGAAAUGAUAAGGAAACAGGAAUAUUCUGAGGCAUUGAGGACUGUAUUUACUACCGAUUGUUUAAAUAAUACGCCUGAGUCUACGUUUCGUGUGUUACAUGAAUUAAAACGUCUGCAAUGUAUGGAUCACGCGUUAAAAGAUCAGUCGAAUGAAUUUUUGAACAAGUUUGUUUCGUUUCUGAUAAGACAUAUAGGCGAUCAACGUUUUAUUCGCCUUCUGAUUUACAUAUCGAACAUUUUGUUGGAUGUCUAUGAAGACAAUAUUUCGGGUCUGGGCAGCGAUGUUAAAAUUAAACUUGUGAAACUGAGUAAAAAGUUGGAAGAUGAAGAUAAUGUGAUGGCUGAAGUGGAAGAAUUAGAUGGAGCAAUUGAAUUGUUGAUAUCAGGUGCUAACGUAGUCGAUAAACAAUUGACCAAUUUUCAGUUUAAAUAAAAAUGAAUUGGAUGGAAAUGAUGUUAUCGAUGGGCAAUUAGAAAAAAUAAAAAGUUUGCCAAUUUGCCGAA